GUGGGAAAUACCAUUGCCACCGUCGCGAUCAAAGCUUGCCGGUCAUGGGACAAACCUUCGUGCCCGUGGGCGAGGACGUUGGAGACGCUGUGCGAGGAAGAAUGUGCGAUAUGGCAACGAAGCCCACGGGGCUACCGGACGACUUGCCUUGUCUGUAUGCGCAUCUACUCGGAAGCUCUACGAAGCAGAAGGGAGCGGCUUAAGGCGCUUGGCCUCAGGCAUCUACCACGAGCUCGGAUCACCGAGUUCGCGCUCGAUCAAGACAUCCUGCUCGAUGAGUAUGCUGCGCCGGUGAUCCAGCAUCUUCGCGUCCUUGGCGUGCCAGUUCCGCCAUCUUUAUAUGUGGGAGAAAAUGGGGGCCAGCGUGCCUCGAUCUACCACAGCCACGAGUGGACGAUGUGCCUGGCAAUGGAUCUCUACAGGGUUGGCUUCAGAGACAUAAGUGGGCUCAAUGCGGAUGGCUUGACGCCGUUACAGACCGAAGUUCGGAUGGUCUCGAAAGGCGAGAGCUGGGCGGAUACUUUUUGCCGGUGGUUGAUCCAACGCGGAGCAGACCCUUUCCUUCCAUACCUGCCAGCGCCUGAUGAUGAUGGAGACUGGUUCUCUCCUCGCAAUGUCUCUCCUAAAGGAGAAAGUGCGCCUGCCAUCGUUACGCUUGCACAUGUUAUCGCUGGAUCUCUAGGCCGACGUAUAUCGCCUGAAUUCCCACAGCGAUAUCAUGAUCAGGAUUUCUGGAUUCAGCCGUGGGCUGUGCCGAUACUCUUAUCCGACUUACAAGACGGCAACGAUUGCCAUUGCGGUCCUGAGGGCGGCUUCGUUUCUUAUUCCUAUUUCCUGAUCCAGGCAUUUCCCGACAACCGGCGCAUGAUCCUCGAUCUCACAUUGGUAUCGAGAAUGCAAAAGCUGUUCACCUGGCACGGCAUGUUGCUUGACGUUGCCCGCUACCAGAUGGUGUUUCGAUUCAUCACAUUCGCAAUCCUCUCGCUCGAGCACACCUGCUUCCUGGCGGGAUCGACAUCGGACGAUGAAGAGAGCGACAUGUCGUCUUGUGCAGAUGAGGAAGAAGAAGAAGCGCGCUUUUCACUCUUCCUGUCAAUCAUGUCGGACAUGGACAGCCUAAUCGCCAGAACGUUUCACUCCGCUGACAGAGGCAAUAGCCCGGGGCUGAAUUUCAAGUUAUCGCAAGGGAGAAGCCGGUUCGGAUCGUCCAAAGACUCUUCCCAUCCAAACUUCGCACGCUUCGAGAAAAGAUUCGAUGAGCCCACUCUGGCAGGAGUGGUUGGACUAUUGGUAUGAAGCAGUCAGGGCUGCCCUUGAAGAUCUCGAUUCCCCGGUCAUGACCCUGGAAAAUAAGGCAGCCGCCGAAGAGCUUGGAGUCAUCUGGGACCACACCUGCUCUGAGAACUCAUCUGUGAAGCCCGAAAUCCAGGUCGACAAUCGCUACAACAGUGCGGAGGAGAUCGAGUACUGGCAUCGUUGCAUUGAAGAAAUUCAGUGAACCUAACUUUUUGCGUGGUUCUUCCUAGUAGUAGUGGGUGGUACUAGUGGCCGUUUAGAUAGCGGUGCGGGGAUGUAAGCCCGGAAUUAGGCUGCAACUUGACUCUGCGGGGAUUAAUCAGCCUGUCUCACAAUGAUGCAAUUCCUCUUGGCACCCUCG